AUGAGUCUCAACUUAUCACUAUCUGGAGUAUUCGGAGACCUCAUCAUCACUGCCCUGAAACUUCGAAACGUAGCUCAUAACCGCCGGCAUCCCAAGAUGACAUUCGAUGUACGCGUCUCUUCCCUCCCCGUGAUACUGGACGAUUCAUCCCAGCUCUCAUCCUCUUCGGCCGAACCGGCCCUGGAGAAUAGCACCGACAUCUUGGAGCUUUCUCUGCAGGUCGGCUGGCUCUUUGGUCUUCGCAAGCGCAGUAACACGGCAGGUACUGGGGCUGUAUUUGUAGUCGACCUUGAACCCAAAAGGAUAAAUAUCUCUCAGUGCAUCUUCAAAUUUUCCCUUGUCGUUGAUGAGGACGAGUUUGAUGUCAUGUUCGCAGGACCAUUUAGCGGCUCCCUGAUUGGUCUUGGUGCAAGUUCCAGAAGGCAUGGUUUGUUUAGUGUUGGUGAUGGGGCACCAAGUGCUUCAGACACUCGCAGCGACUCACUGGAGCUCAUCAUUGUUCAACUGAUAGCUGGCAUAUGCCAAUUAGCCAUGAAUCAUCAGGCGUACUCAGGGAGAACUUUGUCUUGUGAUUCUUCAAGCUCUCGUAUCAUCGCAGACAUCGAUGCUCUCAUAAUCAGUUACUUCAGCAAAUGCCCCGGCUUAUCAUCCUCAUACACUCCCAUCCAAGUCAUCAAAUACAAGACCCAACAUCACGCCACAAUGGUUAUCAUCAAAAGAUGGGGCAGCACAAAUGCUGUCGACACUGAGAAGCUCGUGUUCAAGCAUGAGUUCCCGGAGAAGCGUUUCUGCAGGAUGGAGAAGCUUCGAGAGGCGCUUGGGGAUAUCUUUGGCGCGGAUGAUUGGGUCGUCGAGUACGAUGGACAUAAUAUCGUCAUCAAGGUGGGAAGCAGGGUUGAUCUUAAAGAGGAACUGAAGGCGCGUGGUAUCAUCCACAAGUCUAUGUGUAAAGCUCGGGCUAUUAGGUUUUUCCGGUAUUUUGAGUAUGCCCGUUACUGCUGA